AUGAGAGUGGUUGUGCUUGCCCUGACUCUGGCCCUUGUGGCUGGUCAGCAUCAUAACUUUGCCCCUGAUUUUGCUGCUGGUAAGACUUAUGUGUACAAAUAUGAAGCAUUGCUCCUGGGUGGCCUGCCAGAAGAAGGUCUGGCAAGAGCAGGACUCAAAGUCAGCAGCAAAGUUCUCAUCAGUACCACAGGCCAAGACAUAUUCUUGCUUAAGCUUGAUGAUCCUGCGCUCUAUGAGUACAGCGGCAUCUGGCCUCAGGAUCCUUUAAUCCCAGCAACCAAGCUGACUUCAGCACUGGCAGCUCAGCUCAUGACUCCCAUCAAAUUUGAGUAUGCCAAUGGCAUUGUUGGAAAAAUGUUCGCCCCUCAAGGAAUCUCCACACUGGUGCUGAACAUUUACAGAGGUAUCCUGAAUGUCCUUCAACUCAACAUCAAGAAGACACAAAAUGUCUAUGAGUUGCAGGAGGCCGGAGCUCAGGGUGUGUGCAAGACUCUCUAUGCCAUCACUGAAGACAAAAAGGCUGAACGUAUUCUUUUGACAAAGACCAGGGAUCUGAACCACUGUCAGGAGAAGAUCAUAAAGGACAUGGGGAUGGCAUACACUGAGAAAUGUGCAAAGUGCCAGCAGGAUUCAAAGAACCUCAGAGGAGCUACAGCAUACAACUACAUCUUUAAGCCAGUUGCUAGUGGCAUCUUGAUCCUAGAGGCAGCCGUCAAUGAGCUGAUACAGUUCUCACCUUUCACUGAGAUGAAUGGAGCUGCUCAGAUGGAGACCAAGCAAUCCCUGGUCUUCCUUAAGAUUCAAAGGGCCCCUGUUGUACCCAUCGAGGCUGAGUAUCUUCACCGUGGCUCUCUCAAGUAUGAGUUCUCCACUGAGCUUCUUCAGACACCCAUACAGCUCAUCAAGAUCAACAAUGCACAGGCCCAGAUUGUGGAGAUUCUAAAUCAUCUGGUCAUCCACAAUGUGCAGCAAGUCCAUCAGGAUGCCCCUCUUAAGUUUUUAGAGCUUAUUCAGGUCCUCCGUGUAGUCCAUCUCGAAGACCUGGAAAUGCUGUGGACCCAACACAGGAACAAACCUGCCCACAGGCAGUGGAUCUUGGAUGCCAUUCCUGCCAUUGGAACACCUGCUGCACUGAGAUUCAUCAAGGAGAAAUUCCUGACUGACGAGCUGACUGUUGCUGAAGCCGCUCAGGCUUUGAUUGUAUCGGUUCACAUGGUGACAGCUAGCGCUGAGGCCAUCAAGCUGAUUGAGGCCCUGGCCAUCAACAGUAAAAUUCUGGAGAGCCCAGUUCUAAGGGAGAUUGUCCUCCUAGGCUACGGUACCAUGAUUUCCAAACACUGCGCUGAGAAAGUUGUCUGCCCUGCUGAACUCAUAAAGCCCAUCCAGGAGCUCCUUGCAGAAGCUGUUGCUAAGGAUGAGACAGAGGACAUCAUCCUGCUCCUGAAGGUUUUGGGUAACGCUGGCCAUCCUACUAGCCUUAAACCGAUAACAAAGAUCCUGCCCAUACAUGGCACUGUGGCUGCAUCUCUGCCCAUAACAGUCCAUGCUGAUGCCAUCAUGGCCUUGAGGAACAUAGCGAAGAAGGAGCCCAGAAUGAUCCAGGAAUUGGCUCUUCAGCUCUACAUGGACAAGGCUCUUCACCCAGAGCUUCGUAUGCUUGCAUGCAUCGUGCUGUUUGAGACAAAGCCUCAAAUGGGUUUGGUGACAACUCUUGCCAACAUUGUGAAGACAGAAGAGAAUCUGCAGGUAGCAAGCUUCACUUACUCUCAUAUGAAGUCCCUGACCAGGAGCACUGCUGCUAUCCAUGCCUCAGUUGCCGCGGCUUGCAAUGUUGCUGUCAAAAUCUUGAGCCCAAGGUUGGACAGACUGAGCUUACGUUUCAGCAAAGCCAUACACAUGGACAUCUAUAACAGUCCCUUAAUGCUCGGGGCGGCUGCCAGUGCUUUCUACAUCAAUGAUGCUGCCACCAUAUUGCCCAGAUCUAUUGUGGCUAAGACCAGUGCUUACUUUGCUGGAGCUGCUGCUGAUGUUCUGGAGGUUGGAGUGCGGACUGAGGGACUCCAGGAGGCUCUUCUGAAAAACCCUGCAGUUAUUGACAGUGUUGACAGGAUCACCAAGAUGAAGCGUGUCAUUAAGGCUCUCUCUCAUUGGAGGUCUCUGCCCAACAGCGGGCCUCUGGCCUCCAUUUAUAUCAAGGUCUUCGGACAAGAUAUAGCCUUUGCCAAUAUUGACAAAGCCUUGAUUGAUCAGGCCAUCGCGCUCACCACUGCGCGCUCUGUCCAGGCAUUUGGUAGGGACGCUAUCAAAGCUCUACUGUCUGGUGCUUCCUUCCACUUUGCUAAGCCUCUGCUGGCUACUGAGGUGCGACGAAUCCUGCCUACAGCUGCUGGUCUUCCAAUGGAGCUCAGUCUGUACACUUCUGCUGUGGUUGCUGCAGCUGUUCAAAUCAAGGCCACCACAACACCAGCUCUGCCUGAAAACUUCCAUCUCGCUCACCUUUUGAAGACAGACAUACAGCUUGAGACUGAGAUCAGACCUAGCAUUGCUGUGAACACAUUUGCUGUGAUGGGGGUAAACACCGCUGUACUCCAGGGUGCCCUGCUAUCAACAGCCAAGCUCAACUCCAUUUUGCCUGCUAAAAUCUCUGCAAGACUUGACAUCCAUGAGGGCAACUUUAAGAUUGAAGCUCUGCCUGUUCCUGUCCCUGAACACAUUGCAGCCGUACAUGUUGAGACUCUUGCUGUGGCAAGAAAUAUUGAGGAUCUUGCUGCUGCAAAAAUCACUCCCAUUAUCCCUGCCAAAGUCUUGCAGCCCAUCUCAAGGGAGAUUCUCACAUCUAAGAUUACUUCUUCUGUUGCAGCUAGUUUGUCAAGAUCCUCAGAGACCAUUGUCCAGGAUGUGGCAGCUGCCAAGCCCGCUAUAAGAAUCAAAGCAGCUCACUUUGAGAAGAAGUACUGUGCUAAAACUGUUGACAUUGGACUGAAAGGUUGUCUCAAGAUUGCCACUGAAAACGCUGCUUUCCUCAGAGACAUUGCCUUGUACAAACUGGCUGGAAGACACUCUGUUGCUCUUUCUCUAAAACCAAUUGAAGGUGAAGCCAUUGAGAGACUAGAGCUGGAGAUUCAAGUUGGACCAAAGGCUGCAGAGAAACUCAUUAAGCAGAUCAACCUGAGUGAAGAGGAAUUCGUUGAGGGAAGACCAGUCUUGAUGAACCUCAAGAGAAUCCUGGCUGCUAGUCUGAAGAACGGCACCUUAUCCUCCUCCUACAGCUCCAGUAGGUCUCGCUCAAGUCUUCAUUCCAGGUCUGUGUCUGCCUCUUCCAGCUCCUCAUCACGUUCCAGCAGCAAGGUCACUGAUGCAGCUGCUCCAGCAAAUAGACUUCACAGCAGCAGCAGCAGAAGCAGACUCAGCUCCUCUAAAUCUUUAAGCAGGUCUUCUCAGGCCAGCUCUGCAUCAAGCCUUGCAUCUCUCUUUAGCGCUAGCUCAAGUUCUUCUCGCUCCAGUGCUCGUCUCUCAAAGCGAGUGAUUUAUCACCACAAGUUCCAGAAGAACCACAAGAAACAGGCACUCACCUCUCAAGCCACAUCAGUAGCACAUUCCAGGAGCAGAAGCAGUGCCUCAAGCUUUGAGGCCAUUUACAGAGAGAACAAAUUCCUUGGCAAUGAAGCUGCUCCUACCUUUGCUAUCAUCUUCCGUAUUGUCAGAGCUGACAACAAUAUGCAGGGAUACCAACUGGCUGCCUACUUGGACAGACCUACGGCAAGACUUCAGAUCAUUGUGGCUGUCUUGGCUGCUGAUAACAACUGGAAGUUCUGUGCUGAUGGAGUUCUGCUAAGCAAGCACAAAGUCACAGCCAAAUUCGCCUGGGGAGCAGAGUGCAAGCAGUACGACACCAUUAUCACAGCCGAGACUGGUCUUGUUGGUCCAAACCCUGCAGCUCGCCUCAGAGUGGCCUGGAAUGAACUGCCUUCUGCCCUUAAACGUUACGCAAAAAGGGUGUAUGACUACAUUCCUGCCUUCAUGCUAGCUGGUUUGAUUCAAGGAAAGGAUAAAAACAGCGCACAGCAGCUCUCUUUUACUGUGGUUGCAACAUCUGACAGGACACUUGACCUCAUUUGGAAAACACCAGAGCAUAUUGUCUAUAAGUUGGCUUUGUAUCUUCCCAUUGCUCUGCCACUUGAUGAAGUCACAGGUCUCACCCCCUUUGAUGACCUUGCUGAUAAAGUCCACUACUUGUUUGCCAAAGCUGGCACAGCUGAAUGUAGCUUUGCUAGAGACAUGCUGACCACAUUCAAUAACAGGAAAUACAAGAACGAGAUGCCUUUGUCUUGCUACCAAGUUCUGGCACAGGAUUGCACUGAUGAGCUGAAAUUCAUGGUUCUGCUAAAGAAGGACCAUAUUGAACAGAACCAUAUCAACGUGAAGAUUGCUGACAUAGAUAUUGACCUUUACCCAAAGAACACUGAUGUGAUUGUAAAGGUCAAUGGAAUGGAAAUACCCAUCGGCAACCUGCCAUACCAGCAUCCCACAGCUAAAAUCCAGAUAAGAGCAAAGGACGAAGGCAUUUCUGUGUACGCUCCCAGCCAUGGUCUUCAUGAAGUCUACUUUGACAAGAACUCAUGGAAGGUUAAAGUUGUGGACUGGAUGAAGGGACAGACCUGUGGACUGUGUGGGAAAGCUGAUGGGGAAGUCAGACAGGAGUACCGCACACCCAGUGGACGCUUGACUAAAAGCUCUGUCAGCUACACUCAUUCCUGGGUUCUGCCGGCUGAGAGCUGCAGAGACACCACAGAGUGCCAUAUGAAGCUUGAAUCUAUGCAGCUUGAGAACCAGGUAAACAUCCACGGCGAGGAAUCCAAAUGCUUCUCCGUUGAGCCUGUGCUGCGCUGCCUGCCCGGCUGCUUCCCUGUGAAAACCACACCAGUUACUGUUGGCUUCCACUGCCUACCUGCUGAUUCUGCCAUAAAUCACCCAGAGGGUCUUCACAGCAUCUAUGAUAGCAGUGUGGACAUGAAGGAAACAGUGGAGGCUCACCUGGCCUGCAGCUGUACUGCUCACUGUGUUUAA